AUGAAGGCACGGAGAGACAAAGCACAGUUUCCAUCUCACGCCACUGUCUGGCACCCACCCGGCAAUCGAGACGUUGCUUCUGUCACGUUCUUCACCGACGGCAUCACAGUAUCCGCAACGGGUUGGCCAUAUCAACCAUCCUUCAGCUCAUCGCCGCUGUCACUUCGUCGGGUCAACAGUGUCAGCGUUGCCGCAACCCAGCGCAAUUCCAAGGGCCAAGAGCGACUGGCAAACUUAACGCUGAUGCCGACGCUAUUGUCGCUGGUGACUGGAAGGUGUUCCGCUGCAGUUCCCCCCCAGUCAUCACCGAUCAUGAUCCCAGCGAGCCCCCCUGCCCAGCCGCAGGACCCCCUCAACAGCCAAUCUGCGAUCCAGCCGUGA